CAGACAACUGCGACAUGUCUAUAGAAAAAGAGAAAAACAGUUAUCUUUCUUUUCAUUUUAGCUCGUCUCGGUGUAAUUGAAGUGAAUACUGUGCUGUUUGUGAUAACGUUGCUCUUGUAGUUUAAAUAGUGUAUUAUUUAAUUCGUGCAUAGUCACUCAUCAUGUCUGAGGAGCCUGAUACGCCGCCCUUCAGCACCGUCGAUAUUAACAAUGAGAGCCGUGAUGACGAGGAUCUUUUUGCAUCAGCGGUCCAGGAAGUCAGCCUGGACCCAGAAGUGAAUGGGACCCGAGAGAUCCUGGAUCAGAUUUCCGUCAGCAAUGCUCCUGUCAACACCGGAUCUAUUGGAAGCCCUAUCAUGGAGGAGAUUGCUACAGAAAGGGCCAACAACAUAAUAAUAACAGUCACGGAGCCACAAAAAAUUGGAGAAGGCAUGAGCUCUUACGUAGCGUAUAGAGUACUAACCAACACCAAUAUGCCCAUAUUCAGUAAACACGACUUCUCUGUGUUGAGACGUUUUAGUGAUUUCCUUGGGCUUUAUGAGAAGUUGAUGGAGAAAUAUUUACGCUCAGGAAGAAUCAUACCGCCGGCGCCUGAGAAAAGUAUUGUGGGAACAACAAAACUAAAAAUGACAUCAACGCCCUCAACGGAGAGCGCCAACGGCGGCUCAGCCUCCGCCAACGUCCAAUCGCAGUUCGUCGAGCGGCGGCGAGCGUCUCUGGAGCGGUUCCUGAAUCGAGUGGCGCAGCACCCCGUGCUCUGUAUCGACCCGGACUUCCGGCAGUUCCUCGAGUCUGACACAGAGCUGCCCAAGGCGACAAGCACGUCUGCGCUCAGUGGCGCUGGGAUGGUGCGGUUUUUCAACAAAGUGGGCGAGACCGUUAACAAGAUUACGUAUAGGAUGGAUGAGUCGGACGCUUGGUUCGAGGAGCGCGCCGGGCGCAUCGAAGCCCUCGACUCGUGCCUGCGGCGCCUGUGCGGCGCGUGCGAGGCGCUGGCGGCCGAGCGGCGCGAGCUCGGCGCACGCGCACACGACACGGCGCGCGCCGCCGCCGCGCUGUCCGGCGCCGACCCGCACGCGCCGCUCUCCCGGGCGCUCAGCCACCUCGCCGACCUGCACGAGAAGAUAGAGCAAUUAAGAAUUGAGCAGUCAAACACCGACUUCUACGUGCUAACGGAGCACAUCAAGGACUACCUCGGGCUGAUCCAAGCCAUCAAAGACGUGUUUCACGAACGAGUCAAGGUGUUCCAGAACUGGCAGCAUGCACAAAUGCAGCUGACGAAGCGGAGAGAAAACAAAGCGAAGGCCGAGCUUGCCAACCGGCCCGAGAAGAUCGAGCAGGCCUCGCAGGAGAUCAUCGAGUGGGAAUCGAAAGUGGAACGCGGGCAACAGGAGUUCGAUCAGAUCUCGCGAGUGAUCAAGAAGGAGCUCGAGCGCUGGGACGAGGUGCGGGUUGUAGAGAUGAGGGUCACACUGCUGCGGUACCUUGAGGAACACAUGAAGCACCAGGCACAGGUAUGAACCAUUAUAGUUAGAGUGGGAAUUGGAAGUGGAACGCGGGCAACAGGAGAUAGAUCAGAUCUCGCGAGUGAUCAAGAAGGAGCUCGAGCGCUGGGACGAGGUGCGGGUUGUAGAGAUGAGGGUCACACUGCUGCGGUACCUUGAGGAACACAUGAAGCACCAGGCACAGGCUAUCCGCUACUGGGACGCAUUCCUGCCCGAGGCGCGCGCGAUCAAAUGAGGCGCGCUCUGACGGCGCCUGCACACCGGCGAGGCCGACGCAAACCGAACCCUAGCGCCCUACGAAUAGACCUCAUUCUACCUUGACGUUCGGAUGACAAGACUGGGACCGAGGAGUUGGAACGAAGCUCGGUAGAUGUCGCUAACAGUAAGUAAUUAAGCAAUGUAGCGAGGUCACUCCGCGGUAAAAGUAACGCGGGUCACCUUUUUAUUGCGUAUUCCUUUUAUUUAUGACGAAAUUGUAUUUUUUUUUAAUCUUUAGCUGGCUUUUGUCCGUAGAUAGACACUUAAAUUUACGUCAUUAAUUAAAACACCCAAUGAAAUCGUGACCCGUGUUACUUUUUCAUGGUAUGACUCGAAAAGUCGAAUCACUAUAGAUUUACUACAUUAGGAAACUCCUUUGACUGUUUGUUCACAUAAAAUAAGUUUAGUGGCAGCCGCAAAAUUGAUGAACAAUAUUAUACAUUUUGUUUUAGAAUUAUAAAUAAGAAUUUAAAUAUAGCUUAAGAUAGGUUUAAUCGCGAAUUUCCCUGGAAUUAAGUAUUUCUUCAAUGUGAUUAACAAGGAAACCUACCUAACUGUCCGGCUCCGAUUUGAUUUAUUUUUAUAUAUGUAAUAGAGUAGUAUAAAAUAACAGACACGUAUUUUUUUAGCUGCCCAAACUCAACCUAUUGGGAGAAAUUGUCCUCCAAAUUACUGAAAAAUGACCAAACCCUUUAACUUCUGUAAAGUUCUGUUUGAUUAUAUGUUGAACAUGAAAUAGCAAUGGACACGUUUUUUGUUAUUUCGGCCCAAACUCAUAUUUUACACAAAAAAAAAACUACUUCAAAAUUUCAUACUUCUUGCCCUCUAGGAUUUGACAAUUGGGAGACUAGAACAAUUUCUCCCAAUAGGUUGUUUGAGCAGCUAAAAAAAAUACAAGUCUGUUAUUUUAGACUACUCUAUAACAUAUAUAAAAUUAAAUUAAAUCAAAUCGGAGCCGGACAGUUAGGUAGGUUUUCGUUGUAUAUUAAUAAUUUCGAUGGUUCUCUAAUGGUUGCCAAAAUGUUGUCUUAAAUAUUAGCGACGUCUACUGAACUACGUUUUAGUUUUUAGCUAAAUAAAAGGAAUAAUUGUUUAUUGAUAUAUAAUGUAAAAUGUUCAUUCCCAUUGUUUAUUUGAUAUAUUUCGUGGCAGUAGGAAGUCCAAGCGCUUAAAAUAAUUUUUUGUUACUGUAUCUGUACAUUACUAUUACGAAAGAUAGCGUAAAUUAAACUGUUCUGAUGAAAAUUUGACACCUCCAGUUUUUUAGGUAUAUACUAGCGACCCGCCCCGGCUUCGCACGGGUUACACAAAACCCUAGGUGAAAACCGCAUCAAAAUCCUUUGCGUAGUUUCAAAGAUCUAAGCAUAUAUCGGGACAGACAGGCAGCGGAAAGCGACUUUGUUUUAUACCUAUGUAGUGAUUUUCGCGUUAUCAAGUGAGUUGUCGUUCACAAAAAAACUGGUGCCUACGCCAAUUAUGGGGACUACUUGCCAAGCGGACACCAGGCUCCCAUGACUCCCGACCAAACGCGUGGACAACGCUAGGAAAAAAAAACUGAAUUAAUUCCACAUUUAAGUAAAAUAGGCCAAGCAAUAAGAAGGUAUAGAGGGAAAUGCUAUGAACACAAUUUUUAACUUUUUAGCUUUGUUUGGACUAGUUAGAUGAACAUAUCAAAAGCCCUGGCCAUAACCCUGUUGCUGGGGGGAGAGGGGGGUUUGAAGGUUCCAUUUUUCGGUUUUUCGAUUUUAUCUCGGAAACUAUGCGUCUGUGCCACUUGGCCACUUAUACAAAAUGAAAAGAGAUUUAAUUUGUUACAAGUUUUAUUCAGUCAAGUUUUUCGAUAUCUUGUAUAGUUUUUGAGAUAUCCGCUCUUCAAGGUUUAUUUAGGGCUCUCAUUUUUAUCUUUAUUAUCUACAGCGGUGAAGCUGCAGGCCGGGUUUGGUAACGUUUUCGUAUAAAUCGGGGGUGCUGAAUUCAUUUAUGGUAUCAACAUUGACACCUUUCUGAAGUAAAAACACAUAAGCUUUAAACAAAUAACUUUUUUUUAACUCCUCUUCACGCUUAAACCGCUGAACCGAUUUAGUUGAAAUUUGGUAAAUAGGUGUUUUACGUCCCGAGACAGGAUUUAUAUCUAAAACAAAAACUAUAUUAUUAUAGUUUUUUAUGUCAAAAAUCAUACUUUGAAGGUGUGAUAUUUGGAGUGAGGGGAAUUCAGCUUCUUUGCCGAAGUUGAAUUCCUGAGGUUAAUACUGUUUAAAUUUAGGUUUGAAGUCAUGUUUGGUAUCAUUAUCAACUAAAUCAAACAUGUAACCAUCCCAAAUAUUAUUUAAAUAGGUUCAGCGGUUAUUGAUUCCCCAUACAAACUUCCACCCCACUUUUCACACCCUUAAAAGAUGAUUUUGGUUAUAAAAACUAUCCUAUGUACUGUCCCGGUACUCAAACCAUAUCUAUACCAAAUUUCAACGAAAUCGGUUCGGCGGUUUAAGCGUAAAGAGGAGUUUUAUAAAAAAAUCGUUAUUUUUAAUUUUGUUUUUACUUAGGAAUGGUGUCAAUGUUGAUACCAUAAAUGAAUUCAGCACCCCCGAUUUAUAAGAAAACGAUCCCAAACCCGGCCUAGCAGCUUCACUGAUGUAGAUAAUCAAGAUAAAAAUGAGAGCCCUAAAUAAACCUUCACGAGCGGAUAUCUCAAAAACUAUACAAGAUAUCGAAAAACUUGACUGAAUAAAACUUGUAACAAAUUAAAUCUCUUUUCAUUUUGUAUAAGUGGCCAAGUCGCUCAGACGCAUAGUUUCCGAGACAUAAUCGAAAAACCGAAAACUGGAACCUUCAAACCCCCCUCUCCCCCCCAGCACCAGGGUUAUGGCCGGGGACUUUUAAUAUGUUCACUAGUCCAAACAAAGCUACGAAGUCAAAAAUUGUGUUCCAAGCAUUUCCCUCUAUACCUUUUUUUGGGCAUUUAUUUCCUGGCCUAAAAUUCCAAGGUCGUUUUUGGCUGGUCUGAAAUUAUUUAAAUGAAAGUAUACCUCAUUUGACUGACUUAUUAUUUCAACUCAUAUACAUCAGUACAGUGUAGUUAACGCGAGUGGGUUUAAGAGCGUUUUUACCGUUUCUAUUAACCACAAUCAGACAGAUGAGACUUAUUAAACAGGGAGCCUAGACAAGAUUACAAUCGUUCGCAGAAAACGAAACAAAACUUUAUCAUUUCCAUAUAUUGUUUACGUUUCGUUUCGUUUUUUGCAAACAAUUGACAUCUUGGCUAGGCCCCCAGGUCUGCAUAAUUCGGUGACUGGAUUUAUCUAAAAAAAAGAGAUCUGUUAAAAUGCUUUUGCCUAAGUUUACGUGUAUACUCUGAAGUUAGAAAAUAGCAUUGAAUGCUCUAUAGCUGUCUGGUUAUCGCAGACCAAACUUUGGUAUUUUACCUAAGCCCACAUAAAGCCAACAAAGAACAACUAAUUAUAAAUUCGAAUAAAAAAGUAAUUUUUACUUUUUACCUGUUUAUAAUACUUUUAGUGUAUCGAAAUUCGUUCAUAGAUUUUUUUUUAAUGUAAAGAAUUUGUACUAUUUACUUUUGGUGCUGCAGGGUUACUUUUGUUUGGGCAGAUCUAAUACUUUGAAUAUACCUCAUUCCUCUCGUUUUACAAUCAUCAUAAUGGAACUCUUUGCCUGUAAAUUCCUUACUAAUUGAUUCUAGACUUUUUGACUUAGUUUCAUGUUAGAAAAGGGUCCCAUUUCUAUUUCCAUCUAGAGGGUAGUAUCCGAUCCGAAGUAACUCUAUUAAAGUGACAGUUUAAAAAAUAGUUAUUUGUGCAACAAGAGAGGAAAGUUGAUUUUUCUUGCGAGUGUUUAUUUUGAGUCCCGAGAAAGCGAAAGAUUCUAAGGUAGAAUCUUGAGCGUAGCGAGGGACUCAAAAACACGAGAUGUAAAAUAACUUUGCUCUCGUGUUGCACACAUAAUUUUUCACCUCAGUAGUGAGAACAUAUUAAAGGUUAAAAUGUAUUUCGAAUUACACAGAAUAAACAGAAAAAAAAGUAUUAUAAUAUGUACGAUUACGAUACGAUACGAUACGGGACGGGACGGGACGGGACCGGACCGGACCGGACCAGACCGUACCGGACCGUACUGUACCGUACCGUACCAUAAAAAAAAUGUAAUAAAAGUAUGAAGUUCAUGGCCUUCACUAAAUUAAAAAGCUACAUUGUUUCACUCCCUGGAGUGAGGAAAGUCGCACUUUAGCUCCAGGGAGUGACGAAAGUAGGCUUGUUCGAGCCACUGAGAUGAAAAAAAUAUUUUCUUGCUUUUUAUUUUCAUAUAAAAGCAUGAGAAAGGACUAAAACCAAUGACUACACCACCAUAAUUACGGGGUCAUAAUUAAGUGUAAAUUAAAAACUUCUUAAUUAAUGAACGAAUAAAUUCUAUAUCUGGUUUAAUUUAUCGCCCGUAUUGGAUUUACACACUGUAUUUUAGAAGUAAUAAAAUUAACAAAAGAUUGAAAGAGUUGAUAAGUAUUUGAGAGGGUUAAGAAAGAUGUAAGAUUUAUUUUUAUGCUUUUGAGAUUUAAUUUACAUUUCCAAAAUCGUUCGGUAAGAAAAUAAUAUACAAAAUCUAAGUAUGUAUUUAGUAAUUUAUUUAAGUUUUGUGCUUAAUACAGGCGAGAUAGCAUUACUUACAUAAACUACCUCGAAUCGUUAGAUUUCCAUUCUGCAUUAUAUGUAGAUAAAUUAUCUGUCUACAAUAAAAAAAAAAAAAAUUAUCAUUCCAUUUUCGAUUUUACUUGAAGUUAUUCAUAGUUACAACUAGUGGUGAAACUGAUACCAUUAUUAUUGUGGCACAAUUUUAUCCUUUCAUUAUCUGAUUAUAAUCUAACAUAAAGAGUCAAAAUGUCCAUUUCAAUUCAAUAAAUCUCGCUUUGACGUACUCACAAAAGUCUUUUCAUAAUAUCGCCAUGGCAGUUUUUUCAUCCACAAUACAACAUCAACUUUUUUCACUAAAUAAUAAUUAUAUUAUUUAUAAAUUACAUUUAUUAAUUUGUAAAGCGACUAUGAAUUGUAAUAUGCCAUACGACUAAAUAAAUGUAAUUUAUGUAUAAACUUUUUCGCCUUAGUAAGUGUUGUACUUUGAAGUCGAAAAGUUGUACACGUACCUAUGGUUCCAUAUGGUGGUAUGGUGGUGGCCUUCAUUCACACUAACCUACACUAAAUAGCUUCAAAUAAUUUUUACUCAAUUCCUUAAGUUCCAUAACAUGGUCACAUUGUUUAAACUUUUUCACCUAAAAAGUUUUAAAAGUUUCAAAAUGCUAUUUAUGGGUAAUAAUAUAAUAUCCCCAAAAAUAUGUACUAAUAUACAAAUUACAAUAAGUAGUUGGGUUUUUAUGCUAAAGCCGUGUAAUUUCAAUUUAAAUAUGAUUAUUGACCCUGUGGUGAAGCCAGAAGGCAUUACUGUUUCGACAUUCUUCAUUAGGUUAUUUGAGCUUGUUUCUAUUUUUGCGCUAUCUCUACAUUCCCAUGGAGUUGGAACGCAAAUGGUAACACUUGUUUGAUCAAGAAUACCUAAAUACUUUUUUUUAUCCUUUCCUGACUUUUUUUAUCUUGGGAAUGUAGAGCAUGGUGAAAUUUCUAAUUUGUAUAGAGAAUAUUUCCAAGCUGGGAUUUAUUCCUUACAAAUCAGAAAUGACAUCACUGUGAGCAUGCUUUAGACUAAGACUAUUCAGAUUUUGUUAUAUCCCUGUAUAUUUUAUAGUCAUUCGUUUUUAUUACUUAUAAAUAAAUGAAAUAAUAGGUAUCGCGUAUUAGAAAUUGUAUAAAAUGAAUGUAUAUAAUAGGUACCCUAGAUCUAUAUUAGUUAGCAUGAUUGUAAAUCUCGAGUCUAACGUAUUCCUUAUUUUUUAUAUUGCCAAAUAUAUUUAGCGGUAAUCUGCGUAUUGGAAGAGACGGAUACCUAAAUAUGUAUAUCAAUAAAGUAUAUAAUGUUGAUUUCAAAUACGAA